CCUCCUUCACGUGUUUUGAUUUCCUUUCUUUUCAUUUCUCUUCUUUUUCUUCUUGUGGCUUUCGAAAUCUGGACCUUCCUUUUUGACAAUCUCACUCAUUGAAUCCUUCAUUCUCUUUGCUCCAUCCGAGUCUGUCGACAACGUCACUGAACACUCACGCACGCCAAAAACAAGGAAUCAAGGUGUAUGGCCCCCAGCUCUCCAGCUGCAUCACCGCCGCAGAGAGAAACAUGCUGCUGAAACCAGCGGAGCGGUGCCACUCGUCCCAUUCUCAUUCUCCCCUUCCAUCCGCAUCUCGUCGCUCCAAGCCCCCCGGCGCCGUCGAAAAAUGGCCAUGGCGGCCAACCUCGUCUCGCAGGGCCACGCCCACGACGAGCGCACCCGGAUCGUCAUGUUUGUCUUCUUCAGCCUGGCCCUCUACAACGCCGGCGAGCUGAUGUGCCACAUCGCCGUCACCUUCAAGCACUACCGCGGCCUCUACUGCUGGAGCUUCGUCGUCUCGACCGUGGGCAUCGCCCUGGGCGCCGUGGGCUACCUGCUGCGCACCAUUGGCGGCUCGCUGUCGACGUACGUCUACACGGCGCUGGGCAUCUUUGGCUGGGCCGCCAUGGUCACGGGCCAGUCGCUGGUGCUGUACUCGCGGCUGCACAUUGUCCUGCCUAGGGAGAGGCUGGUGCGCGGAGUGCUCGUCAUGAUCAUUGUCAAUGCAGUCUGGCUGCUGGUGCCCAUUACGGUGCUGAUUUUCCUCUGCAACACGCCGAGGGCGGAGCAGUACGAGCGGGCGUACUUUGUCUUUGAAAAGAUUGAAUUGACAGUCUUUUUCGUGCAAGAGGUCAUCAUUUCGGUGCUGUAUAUCCGCGAGACGUACAAUAUCCUGCGCAGUUACAGGGGACUCGUGACUGGCUCAUACCGCACGACCAUGGUGCAUCUCAUACUCGUCAACCUCGUCAUCAUCGCUCUGGAUAUCAGCAUCUUGGUCCUCCAAUUUACCGACAACUACGACCUCCAGACCGCGUGGAAGCCUCUGGUAUACAGCAUCAAACUGAAGAUGGAAUUCAGCGUGUUGAAUCGUCUUGUCGAACUAUCCCAGUACAUGCGGCGCAACAGGGGCCUCGCCCUCAUUGACACGCAGACAGUCGACCCGGCCAUUACUCUGCCGCUGGGCGUCGUUAACACGGAAGACGGCAGCAUCAUUGCGAGGAGGAGAGGCACCGUCGACGAAUCCAACUUUUCGGCCGCCACAUCAAUUGCUCCUCCCAAGACACCCAGGAACAACAUUCAGCAUGAGAUGUCGGUCUCGGUAUCGGGGUUACAAGUAUAAAUCAAGGGGGAUAUUUACAAAGUGUCGUAACAGCAAAUUGGGGCGUUUUGGGCGGUAGCAAUAUCAGAACUUGUCACUACCGGGAGUUGGGCGGCAUCAGUUACAGUCGGAAUAGUAUAAUUCUCGUGCAUAUUUUUGGAUACCAGCAUACACGGUAGCGCUUUGUAUUUUGUUUCAUUUUUCG